UUUAUAAAAGACCAAGAGAGUAGCUUGAGAGCUGUCACAGACUCAGAGGGGCAGUUUGUGAGCAAGGCCCCAGCACUCCCCAAUUGCCAACCCCAAGAGGGAAGGAUGAAGCUCGCCCUCUGUGCUGCGCUGUCCUUUGGGGUACUGGCUCUAUGUCUUGCUGCCCCCCAAGCUCAGAAGGACAUCAAGUGGUGCACAAUAUCUAACCCAGAACAAGAGAAAUGUCUCAAAAUGAGGAAGGCCAUGGCCUCCGACACUACUAGCCCACCAUGUAACUGUGUACAGAAAGGAUCUCACUCUGAGUGCAUAAAGGCCAUUGCUGCCAAAGAAGCAGAUGCUAUUAGUCUUGAUGGUGGCCACAUUUUUGAGGCAGGCAUUGAGCAAGAUAAGCUGAUUGUGGCUGAGGUUCAUGGAGUGGGUGAAGAAUCGACCACCAACUAUUAUGCUGUGGCUGUGGUGAAGAAAGGAAGUGGCUUUACAAUAAAUGAACUUCGAGGAAAGAAAUCCUGCCACACUGGCUUGAAAAGGGCUGCUGGCUGGGUCAUUCCCAUUGGGACACUUGUGGACAAGGGUAUCAUAGAUCGUGGACCUGGAAGUGACCCUAUAGAGAAAGAUGUGGCUGGAUUCUUCUCAGCCAGCUGUGUCCCUGGUGCCACCACAGAAACAGACAAGUUGUGUCGCCUGUGCAUUGGUCCUGAUCCAUGUUCUCGUUCUGGUCCUUAUUCUGGCUAUUCUGGAGCCUUUCAGUGUCUGAAAGAUGGAGCUGGAGAUGUAGCUUUUGUAAAACACACCACUGUUUCAGAAAAUGAGCCAAGUGCAAAAGAUGAAUAUGAGCUGCUGUGUCUGGAUGGCACCCGGAAGCCUGUGGAUGAAUACAAGAAGUGCUUCUGGUCCAAAGUCCCUGCUCAUGCAGUAGUGGCUCGAAGUGUGGAUGGCAAGGCUGAUGAGAUCAGGAACUUCCUCAACAAAGCCCAGGAAAAAUAUGGCAAGGGCAGAGAUGGUGACUUCAAACUCUUCAAGUCUGAGCACGGGAAGGACCUGCUCUUUGGGGACUCUGCUUCAGGACUGACGCCUGUCCCUACUCUGAUGGAUUUCCAGCUCUAUCUGGGCCGGAAUUAUUAUGCUGCUAUUCAGAAACUCAAGGAAGAGAGCUGCGUUCCUGAGACCAGACAGGGAAAGAUAAAGUGGUGUGCAAUAGGGCACCAGGAGAAGACCAAAUGUGAUACAUGGAGUGCAAAGAGCAAAGGCAAUGUGAGCUGUGAAACAGCAGAUAAACUAGACGACUGCAUUGUCAAGAUCUGGAAAGGUGAAGCAGAUGCAAUUAGUCUGGAUGGAGGACAUGUCUACACAGCUGGCACAUGUGGCUUGGUACCAGCUUUUGGGGAAUAUUAUGAUGUUAAUAAAGAGAAAUGCCAUCAUCCAGCGAAAAAGCAAGGUACAUAUUUUGCUGUGGCUGUUGUAAAGGCAUCCAACCGAAAUAUCACAUGGAAGGCUUUGGAGGGUACGAAGUCCUGUCACACAGGGCUUGGAAGAACAGCUGGCUGGAAUAUCCCCAUGGGCUUGCUUUACCCUAAUGUACCCUUCAGUGAAGGCUGUGCUCCUGGGUCUCCCGAGGGCUCACAAUUUUGCAACCUGUGUAUUGGCGUAUUGGUACCGCCACCUCCCAAGUGCACAGCUGCUGACAGAUACGCUGGGUACGCUGGGGCUUUCCGGUGUCUGGUGGAAAAAGGGGAUGUUGCCUUUGUCAGGCACACAACUGUUACAGAGAACACUGCGGGAAACAAUAAAGCUGACUGGGCAAAAGAUCUUACAGCAGACCAAUUUGAGCUGCUGUGCCUUGAUGGGACCCGGGCAAAGCCUGGAGAAUAUGCAAAUUGUCAUCUGGCAGAAGUUCCUACCCACGCUGUGAUGACACGUCCUGAUAAAAUAGAGCUCGUCCAUCAGAUACUCCAAGAACAACAGACACGGUUUGGACGUGAAAGAGAUCCAGAUGAAGAUUUUGCGUUGUUUGAGUCUGAAACCAAGGACCUUUUGUUCAAAGACAAGACCCAGUGCCUGAUUGAAGUGCCUAAAGAUACAACCUACGAGGAAUUCCUUGGAAAGCAGUACACUGACUCUGUUGCUAAUCUCAAUAAGCGCAAUCCAUCAGAACUCCAGAAGCUCUGCAACUUCCUCCAGUCUCAUUAAUCCAAUCAAUGGGAUGCAAAACCAGGAAAGUUCAUUCCUCCUAGCAUUCUCAGCACUACCUGGGGACCCCCUGCUUCCAUCUCUUUCUCUCCCUUUAACUCACCAUCAUGAGGAGGGGUUAGGCUUUUUUUCAUACAACUUUAUAUUCCUGACUGUCAUCAGAACAAGAAAUAAAAUCUUGA